AUGUCGACGAAAGUAGCAGAAACGAAGCCCAAAACCAAGAUCGUGUGCACGCUUGGACCUGCAUCCAGGUCUGUGCCGAUGGUUGAGAAGCUUUUGCGAGCAGGUAUGAACGUUGCUCGCUUCAACUUCUCCCAUGGCUCCCACGAGUAUCAUCAGGAAACCCUAGAUAAUCUUAGAGCGGCCAUGGAGAACACCGGUAUUCUCUGCGCCGUCAUGCUCGACACUAAGGGGCCUGAGAUUCGAACUGGAUUUCUCAAGGAUGGCAAGCCUAUCCAACUGAAACUAGGCCAUGAGAUAACUAUUUCAACUGACUAUAGCUUAAAGGGUGAUGAGAAUACAAUCUGUAUGAGCUACAAAAAGUUGGCUCAUGAUGUGAAGCCCGGGAGUGUCAUACUCUGUGCAGAUGGAACCAUAUCAUUUACAGUUUUAUCAUGUGACAAAGAACAGGGUUUGGUUCGAUGCCGCUGUGAGAAUUCUGCUGUUCUAGGAGAGAGAAAGAAUGUUAAUCUGCCUGGAGUUGUAGUGGAUCUCCCAACUUUAACUGAGAAAGACAAGGAAGAUAUAAUGGUCUGGGGAGUUCCCAAUAAAAUUGACAUGAUUGCGCUUUCUUUUGUUCGAAAAGGUUCUGAUUUGGUGCAAGUUCGGAAAUUGCUAGGAAAACAUGCUAAGAACAUUCUUCUAAUGUCAAAGGUUGAAAACCAAGAAGGGGUUGCAAACUUUGAUGAUAUACUUGCAAAUUCAGAUGCAUUUAUGGUGGCACGUGGUGACCUUGGAAUGGAAAUUCCAAUAGAGAAGAUCUUUCUCGCACAGAAAGUGAUGAUUUAUAAGUGCAAUAUCCAAGGAAAGCCGGUUGUUACUGCAACCCAGAUGUUGGAAUCAAUGAUCAAAUCUCCCAGGCCAACCAGAGCUGAAGCUACUGAUGUUGCCAAUGCAGUUCUGGAUGGAACAGACUGUGUGAUGCUUAGUGGCGAGACAGCGGCUGGAGCUUAUCCAGAACUUGCUGUUCGAACUAUGGCUAAAAUAUGUGUUGAAGCUGAGAGCACCCUUGACUAUGGAGACGUAUUUAAAAGGAUAAUGCAGCACUCACCAGUGCCUAUGAGUCCAUUAGAGAGUCUAGCUUCUUCUGCUGUUAGAACAGCCAACUCAGCUAGAGCAGCUCUCAUAUUGGUUUUAACUCGAGGAGGGACUACUGCAAAGUUGGUGGCUAAAUACAGGCCAGGCACACCAAUUCUUUCUGUUGUCGUUCCUGAGCUUACGACUGAUACCUUUGAUUGGUCAUGCAGUGAUGAGUCCCCUGCAAGACAUAGCUUGAUAUUCCGAGGAUUGAUUCCAAUACUAAGUGCAGCCUCUGCUAGAGCUUCUCAUGCUGAAACAACAGAAGAUGCAAUUGAAUUUGCCCUUCAAUGUGCCAAGACAAAAGGACUGUGCGUUAACGGGGAUUCUGUUGUGGUUCUGCAUCGCGUGGGCACUGCAUCAAUCAUCAAAAUCUUGACCGUGAAAUGA